CCUAAAUUUAACAAUCCAAAUAUAUAACAUCAAUAUUUUAAUGAACAAAAUCACAAAUAUUAUCCCUUCUUCUUCCUCCUCUCCUCCCAUGUCUGAACUAUUUUAGUACUUCUCUGACUUGUACAAGUAACUACUCUGUUCCUUAUUUCUCUCUUCAGAAAUCAUCCCCCCCCCCCCCCCCCCCACAAAAAAUAAGAGCCAAAAAUUCAGGAAAAAAUCAUGUCUUCACCAAGCAAACGGAGAGAAAUGGACUUGAUGAAGCUGAUGAUGAGUGAUUACAAGGUGGAAAUGAUCAAUGAUGGCAUGCAAGAAUUUUAUGUGCAUUUCCAUGGACCUGCUGAAAGUCCUUAUCAUGGUGGAGUUUGGAAAAUGAAAGUUGAACUUCCCGAUGCCUACCCUUAUAGAUCUCCAUCAAUUGGCUUUGUUAAUAAAAUCUACCAUCCAAAUGUUGAUGAGAUGUCAGGCUCAGUUUGUUUAGAUGUUAUCAAUCAGACUUGGAGUCCCAUGUUUGAUUUGACAAACGUGUUUGAAGUGUUUCUUCCACAACUUCUCUUGUAUCCUAACCCGUCGGACCCAUUGAAUGGGGAAGCAGCUGCCUUGAUGAUGCGAGACCGAGCUGCAUAUGAACAAAGAGUUAAAGAAUAUUGUCAAAAAUAUGCCAAACCAGAAGAUGUUGGAGCUGCCACAGAGGAGGAGUCAAGUGAUGAGGAGUUAAGUGAAGCUGAAUAUGAUUCGGAUGAUGAGGAAAUGGCAGGGCCUGUUGAUCCAUAAUAAUUCCUUCAUUUCCAUUACUAUCUGUAUAUGUAAAUGCUGUUAUUUAUCCUGUUUUAAAAUCAAGUUAAACUUCAUAGUUAAAGACUAUUCAUUGCAAGGGGGAAAUCCUAUAAGAAGUUCCCCUCUUCUGUAAGUUCAACAUCAAUGUAAAUAGUUUUUAAUGUUUUAUUUCCUUAAUGAUC